AUGGACGGUAAGAUAUGGACUGUGGGGAGGGCUGGGAGGGAUCUCGACCAGUCUUCCGAGCAGGAGCAGCAACACGGGCGAUUGCUUGACGGUGUACUUUCGUCGGCAUCCUCUGGCGGCAGCCUACCUGUGGUGGAACAAAGGGCAGCCAUACCAACUACUGAAUGUGAAGAUACACCCCUUUCAGCUGCCCCAGAGGGGUUGAAGCCGCCCGUCCAAACCAAACAUCCCAAAAGCUGGUUCUGGCCCUUCCUGGCCUUUGCGUUGGGAUCGUUGGCCGUAGCGUCAAUUUGUAACCAUGCACAAAAGAAAACUGAAAAGUUGAGCUUUGCUGGGCGACGGCUGGCAAGCAACGACAAUGAUGAUCGGACAGGCGGUUCAGGUGCUCUUGGAGCGGACGAGCUCGAGCAGCUCUGUCUCAAUCUGGGCGACUGGGCCCCGCAGUUUGAUGCCAACAAUGUGGAUCGUUACUCACCCUCUGUCGUGGAAGCGUUUUUCUCUACCUUGGCCGAAAGCAGCGACUUCUCAUCAGCAGCUGGAACGCAACAAACGCAGCAGAACUUGGUUAUUUUACGUGACAGUGGAGGCAACAUUCAGCCCAAAAUAAUAAAGAAUGAGUUCAAGUCUUCGUGCAGCCAACCUCAGAAGGACACGCAGGAGGGGCAGCAUCAAACGAAGCAGCUUCCGCAGCCGACAGCUUCACAAACGGAGCGGCAAUUCAUUGUGAUUGACGAUAGUGAUGGAGAUGAUCCGGCCGGAUCCAGCCAUGAACCGCUCAAGUCUUCGAGUCUAUCGCUAAAUAGCAAAAUGGCAGAGCAGCAUCAGCCGACAUCUACUUCUGGGAAGGCAAAAACUGACGGGAAUUUCAUUGUCAUUGAUGAUGAUGAAGAGGACCCAGUGUCCAGCCAGAAAAUUUCAGUGCCCCCGAGGGGUCAGAAUAAGCAACCUAGCCUGGCAGGGCAGAAUCAAACAAUGCAACUUCCUCAUCUGACAGCUUCACCUAGGACGGCACAACGAAAGCGGGACUUUAUUGUCAUUGAUGAUGGCGAUGAUGUCGAGGGACCCGGGACCAGCCAAAAAGUUUUCAAGUUUUCGAGUGGUCAAACUCGUACUCCCGCCCUGGCAGGGCAGCACCAAGCAAUGCAGCUUCCGAACGCUCAUAUGACGGGUUCUUGGGGGCCUACCUCAGAACCCCUAGAAGCUGCUUGGAACCAACCUUAUUCUCAGCAGCCAACUGGUGGCCUUCCAACAGCUACGUGGGGUCAACCUUCUCGCAAUGAGCCCCAUCAAUCUACUAAUUUCCCCUUGACAUCAGCUAAUUGGAGCCAGCCUUCUCAGCCUGCGCACCAGAAUGGUCUCCUCUCAACAGGAGGAGGUUGGAGCCAACCUUAUUACCCUGUGCAGCAGAGUGGUUUCCCCCCAACAGAACCUGCGUGGAACCAGCCUUCUCACUCAAAUCAGGCACCUGCUGUCCCCUCAACAAGAGGAGGUUGGCUUCAACCUUCUCAGCCUGCGCAGCCGAAUGUAUUCCCCUCGGGAUCAGGUUGGAGCCAACCUCUUCAGCCUCCACAGCAGAAUGAUUUCCUAUCAGAAGCUGCUUGGAGCCAACCUUAUUACCCUGUGCAACAGAGUGGUUUCCCCCCAACAGAACCUGCGUGGAACCAGCCUUCUCACUCAAAUCAGGCACCUGCUUUCCCCGCAACAGGAGAAAGUUGGCUCCAACCUCCUCAGCCUGCGCAGCCGAAUGUAUUCCCAUCGGGAUCAGGUUGGAGCCAACCUCCUCAACCUGCACUGCAGAAUAGUGCCCCUUCUGAAGUUGUUUGGAGCGAUCCUUCUCAGGGUGCGCAGCAGAAUGCAUUCCCCUCGGGAUCAGGUUGGAGCCAACCUUCUCAGCCUCAGCAGCAGAGUGGUUUCUCCUCUGAAGCUUCUUGGAUCCAAUCUUCUUCCUCUAACAAGCAGACUGGUCCCCUUUCAGGAGCUGCUUGGAUCCAACCUUCUCCCUCUAACCAGCAUAAUGUUCCCCUUUCAGAUUCUUCUUGGAUCCAACCUUCUUCCUCUAACCAGGAGAGUUUUCCCCUUUCAGAAGCUUCUUUAAUCCAACCUCCUUCCUCUAACCAGGAAAGUGUUCCCCUUUCAGAAGCUUCUUUAAUCCAAUCUUCUUCCUCUGACCAGCAGAAUGUUCCCCUUUUAGAAGCUACUUGGCUCCAACCUUCCUCUAACCAGGAGAGUCUUAGCCUUUUAGAAGCUGCUUGGACCCAAUCUUCCUCUAACCAGGAGAGUUUUCCCCUUUCAGAAGCUUCUUUAAUGCAACCUUCCUCUAACCAGGCGAGUGGUCCCCUAUCAGAAGCUUCCUUAAUCCAACGUUUUUCCUCUAACCAAGAAAGCGUUCCCCCUUCAGAAGCUUCUUUAAUCCAACCUUCUUCCUCUAACAAGGAGAGUUUUCCCCUUUCAGAAGCUUCUUUAAUCCAACCUUCCUCCUCUGACCAGCAGAGUGUUCCCCUUUUAGAAGCUACUUGGCUCCAACCUUCUUCCUCUAACCAGGAGAGUCUUAGCCUUUUAGAAGCUGCUUGGGCCCAAUCUUCCUCUAACCAGGCGAGUGGUCCCCUAUCAGAAGCGUCUUUAAUACAACCUUUUCCCUCUAACCAGGAGAGUGUUCCCCUUUCAGAAGCUUCCUUAAUCCAACCUUCUUCCUCUAACCAGGAGAGUUUUCCCAUUUCAGAAGCUUCUUUAGUCCAACCUUCCUCCUCUGAACAAGAGGGUGUUCCCCUUUUAGAAGAUGCUUGGAUCCAACCUUCUUCCUCUAACCAGCAGAGUGUCCCCCUUUCAGAAGCUUCUUUAGUCCAAUCUUCUUCACCUAACCAGGCGAGUGGCCCCCUUUCAGAAGCUACGUGGAUCCGACCGUCUUACUCUGACCAGCCAAGUGUUUUCACUUCAGAAGUUGACCCUAACCUGGAGAGUAUUCCCAUUUUAGAAGCUUCCUUAAUCCAGCCUUCUCCUUUUGACCAGGAUAACGGCAUCCAAGGCGUGCAGACACCGGCAUCCGGCGACCUACCCCUUCCACAGCGUCUAUCACCCACUUUUGUGGAAGAGUUUUUCUUGAGUUUAGACCAAUACAAUGGCAAUCCGAAUGUGGGUGUCACUGAGACGAAAGAAUUAAAAACGCAACUCUUUGAAGGUGAUAAUUUUGAUCCUGCCGACAAUGGUGCUGUUGGUGAAACUGCUGGUAGUGCUGACGGUGAAGAUGGUGACGGUGAAGAUGAUGAUGAUGAUGAUGAUGAUGAUGAUGAUGAUGAUGAUGAUGACGAUGAUGAUGAUGAUGAUGGGGACGAUGAUGAUGAUGAUGAUGGUGAUGAUGAUGAUGAUGACGAUAAUGAUGGCAGUGGUGAGGGCGGCAAGGUUGGCGACAAUGAUGGCAACAAUAAUAAUGACGAGGGGCCCGGACCCAGCCGGGAAGUGCACAAGUCUUCAACCGCUGGGAGCCAGUCAUCUUACUCUCAGCAGCUAGAGGGUUUCCAGGGCAUGCAGUCGUUGGCAUCGGAGUCGCAGGGGCUGCCGUCUGCAGCCUUUCCUGAAGACCCGUCCACACACCAUCAGCAGCAAACGGAGUGGUCAUCUGGACAACAGGUGCAGUUUGCUGAGGGGGUGGACCUUUCAGAGGUCGUGAAAUUGCUGACACCACUGCAAUUGCCAACAGCCCAACUGCAAGAGACUUCAGCACAGCCAGUGAUUGGGGGGACGUUGCCCUUCUCACACCUUCAGAGCAUACCCCUUCAGACCCCUCAAUUGGCGUCGCCGGCAGUUCCGAGCAAUACAUCCAUCUCCGCCCCUGCUGCUAUUCCCAGCUCCUCCGGAGCCCAGCAACAAGGCACCAAUGGGGAAACUGGCGGAGUCGCUGAUAGUUCGAAUGGCGCAAUACAGGGGCUGCGUAAGGAUAAGAAGGAAAAAUUACGACGACGCCGCGUUGGAGCAAGGAACGCACCUGGCACCGCAGACGUCACCCAUCCUUAUAUCCGAAUUCCCAGGUUGAAACGCACGGUGACAAUUAAGGCGGCGUUUUUGAAUUCACCCCAACUUCCGCCUAAUACUCCGCAACACCUCUCGUUCGAGCUUGCACGCUUUAGAGUUCUCUGCAGAAAGCGUGUCCUCAAGCAGAGUGACGUGGACCGUUUACUACGGGUAGCGGGGAAAUUAGCAAAGCACGCUCAAGAACUAAUGAAUUUCAUUCCGAAGCAGACGCCAUCGGAUGCGGUUGAGACAUUGGGCCGUCGGUUCCUCUUGCUCCAAGCUUUGCACUCGAUUAAGGUGGCUCUAGGGAAUCGCGUGCAGUGGGAUACCUGGUGGGAGGACGUCACCUCCCGCAUUCCUGCGGACUACUGCCGCCCCGUGCCAGGCAGACAUCUGCCGCUGUCACGAGAACUUCAUGCUUUUGCCUUGCAGCUCUGCUCUGCGGUGUUGAAGUACAAGACUGGAGAUGCCCCUUCGGACGAAGAAGUCUUGGCCAUGAAGAAGAAAUUAUUCUUCGGAAAUACAUGCACGAAGUACUUCCGCAGGCAGGAAUGGAACGCUUGGCGGGAUGACGGGCAAAGCUCCUCGUGA